AUGAACAACUUUUCAAACCAUUUAGUUAACAUUAACACUAGUCAUCGACAAAAUAACAAUCAUAGUCCUAAUCAUUAACUUGGAAAUAUUGAGGAAAGAUCUAAUUCAUUCUUUGAAGAUAUUCUAGAUGAUGAUUUAAUGGCAGAUUUUCCAAAAAUUCCGAAACAAUUGCUUCUUACGAAUGACAAAAACGAAACUCAGUCUUUGAAUUCAAGCAAUAGAGGAGAAACUGAGAUUAAAGAAUUAUCUUACUAUGGGUUGAAUAAUAUUGAAAAUAUUGAUGACUUAAUUCAAAAGGAGAAGAUAAGGAGAGCAAACGAGACAAAUAUUCUAAGAGUCAUGCAUUGUGGCUUGUUUACAUCGCUGAAAGGCAUUCAAGUAUUUCAAAAUGUAAAGGAACUUAACCUUUCCUCAAAUGGCCUGAUGUCAAUGCAGUUUUUAGAUCAACUUUCAAGAGUCGAGAAUCUUAAUCUAUCUUGUAACAAGAUCACACAGAUCUUCAAUAUCCAUAAUAUGUGCUCAAAUCUUAGAAAAUUAAACUUAUCUUACAAUAGGAUAGUAAGUCUUCAGUACUUCAAAGAUCAAGAGGGCAAGUCUCAAUUUAGUCUAGAGAGCUUAGAUUUAAAUGGAAAUUAUAUUAUAGACCUUGACUAAUUAAAGAAUCUUCAAGGACUGUCUUAUAUGUGUGAAUUAGUAUUUCAGAUGAACAACGGGAAAAAUUAAAUUUGUGAGUAUGAAAAUUACGAAGAUGCAGUCAAACUAUAUCUUCCGCAGGUUUAAAAACUAGAUGGAAAGGAUAUAGCAAGUUUUGUAAGAGUAAGUAAGCCUACCAAUAGCAAUAACUUCAAAAGAGUCUAGAGUAAUAUAGCUAGCGAAAAUAACAAUCCAAAUAGAAAGAAUCAAUCCCCUCAAAAACAGAACAGAUCUAAUUAAAGAAGUGGAGCAGUUGAAAAGGGAUCUACAGGAGUAACAUUCUAAGGAAUUUCCUACUAAAAAGAGCUUUCAGAGAAGGAUAAAAUUAUUGAAAACCUAUAUAAUGACAUCAAAGAUUUACAUAUAAAGCUAGAAAGAGUACAUGAGGAGAGGAAUGAAGCUAUUAUGAAAUUUGAAGAAAAUGAAAGAUAUUGGAAAAGUAAAAAUUCAAAAGUUGAAAAAGAUAAUGGGCAGCUAUACGAGUUGAAUAAAUCUUUAAAGGAUGAUAAUUCUGACCUAUUAACUUAGCUAGACAAAUUCAAUAAGAGAAUCAAGCAACUUGAAUCAGAAAAAGGAAGAGAGGGAGAGCAAUCUUAACAAAAAGAUGCAACAAUUUCUGAGCUUAACAAGUAAAUGUCUGUAUUGGUAGCUAAUCUUGAGCAUUAAAAAGAUGAGAUUUAGCAGUUGAGGAAAGACUUUUACCGUGAAUAACAAGAACUACAAAAUGAGUAAUAACAUCAUAAGGAUACCAAGGAUUAACUUAAAAUAUGUCAAGAAAAAUAAGGUUAAUUAUACCAAGAUAUGAUUAACGUUAACAAAAACGGCAUGGAGAGAUGGUCUGAUAUUCAGAGAAAGUAUGAGGAUACCUCAGCCCUGCUUGCCAAGUAAAUGUAGGUAAAUGAUGAUUUGAAUCAAAAUCUUUUAAAGCUAAAGGAUUUAAAUGGAUAGCUUGAGUAUACUUGGGGUUAAAAGUAUGAAUCAUCAAUUAGAGACAAAGAUCUUUUGAUUUAGACGUUAAAAGAUGCUUCAGAUCGAUCUAUUACCAUGCUCAAGCAUGAUUACGAAAAGAAAAUAAGCGAUUAAUAAGUACAGUUUAAGCAAGAUAUCAUACUACUCGACUAAACAAUGAAAAAGUAGAGAUAAGAAUUCGUAGAGAAGCAUGAACAACUCAAGGCUAAAUAUACAAAGAGUACUUAGCAGGUUGCAGAAAUGAGAGAAGUCCUGUAAAUGGCUGUUGAAAGCGACAAUAAGAAGGAAGCAUUGCUUGAAGAGUUGAAAGUAGCUUUCAAGGAUAAGACUGAUAAGCUUGCGCAGGAAAGAGAAGUUGUGAGUAAGGAAAAGACUUUGUUCGAUUAACAAAAGAAAGAUGUUAAAGAUGAAGUUAUAAGCCUGAAAUCUAAGAUUGAGGAGUUAGAAUACUACAAAAAAGAAUAGAUACUGAAAAUUGAUAAACUAAAUCAUUUCUUGGAUGACAAGACAAUGGAAUAUGAUAAACUAGCGAGAGAAAAUGACUCAAAUAAACGGGCUUUGAAAGAACUAUAAAUUCAAUUGGAAAAUUUAAAUGCCCAGUACACCACCUACGACGAUCAACUUAAGAAGGAUCUAGAUGAUGCUAGAAAUGAGAUAGAUGAAAUGAAUGAAAUCAUCAAGAUGAAGGAUAAAAUGCUUGAUGAUCAGAAUGUUUCAAUCUAGAACCUAAAGAAUGCCAUUAAGCAACGAGAUGAGGAGAUGGUAGUUUUGAGAGAGUCUAAGUCGAAAUAUAAAAAUCAAUAUGAUGAAAAGCUUUAACAAGCUUAUGAUGAUUAUGAUAGAUCAAAGUAAAAAAGUGAUGAUUUGGAGUAAAGAAUUUAGGAGCUUGAAGAGGAGUUAGAUUUAUUGAACAAAGAUUUUCAAGAUGCUAAUGAAUCAGCUAGCAUAGCUAAACAGUAGCUUAAAGACAGAGAAAAUGCUUUUGAAAAAAUUGAAUCAGAGGUGCUCUCUAUAGUCUAAAUGAAUGAAUAAGUAAAGAGUGAAUUACAAGAUAAAGAAUACCUCUUGCAAGAGUUAAGAGAUAUAAACCAAGAUUUGGUGAGAUAAAAUGAGAUUAAAGGGGAGGAAAUUAGAAUUGUGAUUGAGAAAAUGGAGUAAUAUAAAAGGCAAAAAGAUAGUGAGAUUUAUAGAUUGAAGCAAAAACUUCAAUCUGCAGAAGGAGAUAUAAAGAUAUUAUUAUAGGAGUAGGAAAAGUAGAAGAAAUAGGCUCAUGAAAAAAUUAGAAUGCUUAGUGAAAUGUUCAAGUGA